AUGAAUUGCCUAUUUUGGAGUAAAGUUUUCCCCAAAAUUCUCCUCCUCUUCCCCUCUUCUCUUCUCUUCUCCUGCUGCGACCACCUCCUUCUUCCUUCCUCUUCUCCUACAACGUCGACGACAGUGGACGCGAGGACGCAGCGAGGACGCGCGGCGGCAAGGACGCGGCGGCGGCGAGGACGAGGCUGCGGCGAGGACGUGGCUGCGACGAGGGGAGGAGCGGGGGAUCUUGCGGCGCCACGCUCUUCUCAGCAACCGGUAGCGGAAGACGAAGGAUACCGGGCGGAGAGCUGUGGCGGAGUGCCCCGGAAGGGAGAUCCGGUGCGGAGGCGGAGGCUCAGGGCGGUUAGGGAUGAGUUCGACAGGGGUGGCGGAGGUGAGGAGACGAAGAGGUCUUUGAGCUUGUGGCGGACGCGGGCCUCGGGGAGGGGCGCGGGAUCUUGCGGCGGGGGAUGGAAUCGGCGUCGGGCGAGGAACAUGCGGAGGGUCUUGCGGCGGCGCAGGUGGAUUACAUGGGUGAUUGUUGGACUGCGAGUGGGAUCUGAGAGAGGAGAGGGAAAUAGAUUGAUUAGAACUGAGAAAGGAAAGGGAAGGGAAGAAGGCUUUGGACAUUGA